GUUCCACUUAGACAGGUUUCACUGCACAGAGUAAUUGCAGCAAAGAAUUUACAGCUACAGAGCAAGAAGCUGAACAAGUAACCAAGCAAACAAAAAACAAGACCUAACUACACAACAUCAGUGUUUCCUGUAAUCUAUCUGAAGGUAACAAUAUUGAACAAAAAGAGGAACUGAACUAACACUACAACUUCAAAAGUAUCAGUAUCUAACUUCAGCUACACAUUCCAAGAAAGAAAAGAACACUGAAGAAUGUUUCCGACAAGUUUGGGAUAUCUGAUAUGGUCAAACACAUUUGACCACACACUCUUCAAUGCGAUCGGGAUCAUCGUGUCCUUAUAUGCCCUGUAUAUUGAGAUUAGGAAGCAUAAGGAUCCGCAAUAUGUGGCCAUGUGUGACUUGAAUGAACACAUGUCAUGCUCAAGAGUUCUUACUUCAAGAUAUGGUACAGGGUUUGGCUUUGUGGAGUAUCUGGUUGGGAAGAACAGUUACCUUAACCAACCUAACUGUAUUGUUGGAGCUAUUAUGUUCUUUAUACAAAUAGUACUAGGUCAGUUUGACUGGUGGCUUGCUAUAGAGGUGAACUACUAUUGCUCUAUAAUAGCCUGCCUGGGGUGUUUCUAUCUGGCUAUUGUACUGUUCUUCAUACUCAAGGAUCUGUGCCUGGUCUGCAUCUCAAUGUAUAUCUGCAAUGCUGCCAUCUUUUAUCUCAAUUAUCAGAGACAUCUUUAUGCAGCAUUUUAGGCUACUUGUAAUACAAAACUUAUCAUAUUCAAGAUCUGACAAUAAGCAGUUUUAAGUGUGCUCUUAAACAUCAUGGGGCAAACAGAGUGGAGUAACACUAACAGAAAAUUUUGUUGAUUAAAAUGUCCUUCCAUAUUCUACAUUAGAUAUCUUGUUUUGUUCCUUGCACCAACCCUACCCCUAGCCUCCCAUUCAAUGGACAUCAUACCUCUAACCUCCCAUUCACCCUCCUUCAAGCCUCCCAUUCAA